AUGACUUCAACACAGUCGGCCGCGACUAUUCUACACGAUCGCACUGAGUCGUCCUUCCUUCCUCAGCAUCAGCAGAACUCCCUUCCGGACGAGGCACGAGAACUGCUUGAACAAGUCGAUGAGCUCAAGUUCUUCCUGCUUACCGCGCCAGCUAGCUGGCAGAAAGAGCAGGUCAUCAGGAGAUUUCUAUUGCCCACAGGAGAAUACGUGAGCUGUGUCCUAUGGAAGGAGCUGUUCUACAUCACCGGUACCGACAUCGUGCGCAUCAUCACCUGUCGGUUUGCAGCUUUCGGUCGGUCUAUCGUCAACGCAAAGAAGUUUGAGGAAGGUAUCUUCUCUGACCUUCGCAAUCUCCGCCCUCCUCAAUGUGCCGUCCUCGAGCAGCCCAAAUCCCCUUUUCUUGACCUCCUCUACAAGAACAACUGCAUCCGCACACAGAAGAAGCAAAAGGUCUUCUUCUGGUUC